AUGGAUGCGUCUGGCGGCACUGAGAUCGGAAAGAAGAACCCCGCUGCUUCGCUCGAGGAUAUCGCUCUUCUCGAUGCCUUUAUGAAGGAGUCUUCGCGUUUACGCCCGUCAGAUGCUAUCUCCGUGCGCAGAAAAGUCAUGUCAACUUUCAAUUUCAAAGACGGCACGCAGAUUCUUCCAGGAGACGUGGCCUGUGUGCCCAUGAAUGCAAUUCUAAGGGAUGAAGCUCACUAUCUGAACGCCGAAGACUUCUCUCCAUGGAGAUUCUUGGAUGAGAAUGGACAACUACGGAAUUCUAGCAGAUUUACAGACGUGGCUUAA